AUGGUUGACAUCUUGUAUACUGUGAACAGUUCCAAUUGCCAGUUGGAAGUGAAACUAUCAAAUGCCAUGUAUCCCAGAAGUAUUAUAGCUCCUUAAAAAGUGGUAUCAGCAGAUGUUCGCUUCCCUGAUGGAUCUGCUACCAAGAGAAACAGACUCACGCCCGCAGAGAGUAGAACAGCAACAACAUAUUCGUGGUAGGGGUAGGAUUUGUUGGCCACUAUCUUGCCCAUUAUCAUUACUGGAAUGAUCUUGGAUGCUCUACAUUGUUGCAUUAUUUAUAAUCCCGACCCCUGAGAUAAGGGGCAGCCUGGUCUCCACAAUUUUUUUUUGGCCCUUCGGGCCUCAGUUUAGUGUAAUAAUAGGGGUGGGGGUUACAAUGUGAUAUCCCCUGCUAAUUAGCAGAACAGAACGAAACAUACUCUUUUACAUGUAAAGCGAUAUACUUUUUUGGACGAAACUGGAUUUGUAUUUGUGCUUUUCUAAUGAUGACUAUGGUUUCAUAAAAUGAUAACAAUCGGUGGCUAGCUUGGUGGAAAGAUUUUACGGAUUUGCGUUCUUUUUCGUUUCUUCCGUGUACGUUUGAAAUAGCCGUAUAUGACGUACUUGCUAUGUGCUGUGUUACAUUUCAAGUGCCAUAUAUAGAGAGUGAAGCGUAAUAUGAACUGGCGGACGAGAAAAACGAAAGAUGGACAGCACUUUCAUUUGCCUGCGUGCAGACGUCUCCUAUUUCCUUUGUUGCAACAAAGGAAAUAGGAGACGUCUGCACGCAGGCAACACUUUCAUGCGUCGCUUUGCAGAAAUUUAGAAACAAAAAGAUUAUUAUUUAUCUCUCUGACAGCAGCAAAAGGGUAGGAAUGGGUAUUCGCUAUUGAUCCAGUGAUUCACUCUCUCGUUCUCGCAGAAGAAACCGAACACUCGACAGAAACUUCUAAGAAAAUCACUUUUGUGUUUAUAGGACAUUCGAUUUCAGGGUUGCUUUGGAGGAAGACGCUGAAUCCAGCAAAGGACCUCGCCGUCAGUUAACUGAUUUCAUUGGAGAUGCGAAGGAUACCCAAUAUUCUCAGGAAGAGCUGAUAAAAAGGAAAGAGGAUUUAAUGGACUGGCUUUCUCGUAACAGAGUUCCUGUUAGUGAAUACUCUGAAAACAGUACGUUUCUGUCUGUUAUGGGAGUGUUGCUAGUGGAACCCCCUUAUGGCCCUGACUGCGGUAGAUGUAGCAACGAGAUCGUACUGGACUGUGUUCAGAAACUUAUAAAAGCAAAGCAAGGUCAUGAUAAGUGAGCAAGGAAAUAGUUCUACAGAAUUAUAAUAUGCGCUACUGUUCAGCUGUACUGUUAUGGAGUUGAUGUACUCCCUCAGUUGAUGGCAUAGUGCCUACACUUUGAUUUAUGAUUGUAGCCGCAAAAAUCACAGAGUCCUCAUUUAUUUGUGAGGUGGGGAACCUAAGGGGUUUGCAAGUGCCAUGAGUAUGUGCCGCUCAAAAAAGAUUAGAAUAAUGGGACUUUUGAUCUUCAGGGGAG